GAGACAGAGAGAGUUCUGCAAAGAAGUCUGCAAAGAGUAUAGGCCUUUAUCGAGUUUUGUCUACUAUAAGGCAGCCUGUGAUUUUCAUUCAAAUUGAGAGAGGGCAGUAAUGAGCAAAGUAUUUGCUCGCAUCAUAAAAGAAGAAGCAGCUUUUGUAUGUUGUCAUGGCGGCGGCGGUUUUAAACUGUGGCAUAGCAGAGUUUGUUAUUUUUGUAAAGUCGCUUAGUUGCCUGUAAAUUACAGCCGAUAAAUGUAUAUGGAUAGAUUAUAGCAUUGCUGUACAGUAAUAUCAUAUGUAUUUGAUGUUCAUUCUGAUCAAAUUUGUAACUCAAACGUCGCGUACCUGGAUUUGACAUUUCCCAAUGAGUUUAGCAACAUGGCUAAUCAGCUAGCUUUAACGUUGCUAGUUCGACGACCUGAAUUUAAAUCGGCAUGCUCAGGUACUUCAGGGUAAACAGUUGGCAUAUGUCUGUUUUUCCCGCUACUACUCGUGUCUUUGAGUUGUCAAUUAUGCCAUGGCCAAAAUCGCGGACCUGGCCACGCAUAAAGGACAGCUCCUCAUAAACUCCAUUCUACCGGUUGCUAACAAUAACAUUAGCCAAUGACCCUAACGUACAACAUGUAGGUAAAUGUACGCUGUAACAAUUUAGGUUAAUAUUUAGAUUCAUAACAAAUCAAAGCCAAUAUGACAGCUAAGUUUCAGAGAGUGUCAUUUGAAGACUUUAGUCAUUUAAAGGGGUGUUGGAUCCCUACUGGAGUGGGUACAACUCGCAGCACCCAGAGACCACAAACUCGGUUGCUGUUCAACGAGGCAAUACCGUUGGACCCCUCCAACCGAGAAACCCGCGUUGGGCCUCCGGCACCCAUUGUAAUUGAGAAGUUCGUGCAGCGGGCCACCGAGCUUGCAGAUGGGGACAGCUGCGGCAGUUCUCUGCGCUUCUCCGUGCUCUCAGAAGAACGUUUGCAGACAGCUGUCAGACUUGCCAAGAGAGACCUACGGAGAAGGCGCCAACAGUCCCUCAUCAACACCCCUCUCACCAGCUCACCUUGCAAACAAGAGCAUGACUCUCAGGAUGAUAGCAUCACAGACCUUCAGCAGAAGCAGAAGAAGGUUACCUCUAAAGGACAGCAGACUAGGAACGUUCAAAGGUCUGUGACAAAGUCAGGAGCAGAGGUGCUGGUGUACACUCCUCAGAAGCUCUCGGUUCCCACUGGAUCAGCAUAUGGCCAGUCGCCUCCCACCAGGGACCCGGGGCCCAAAGUCGGCAGUAAACUGAGCCAAGAGAUACGCAGGCUUCAGAAGGAGUUGGGUACUUGUGUCCAGAGGAUAGAGCAACUGACUAAUAAAGGUCCGCUGAUGGGAGAGCCCCUGGAGCCGGAGGAGCAGCGCAGGAUGGAGAUCCGUCGACAGGAGCAGGCUGCACGCUCGGCUCGAAUCAUCUACAACCUCCAGCAACAGGUGAAAGACAUUCAGGAGGAUGUAGAGAAGCUUCGGUCCCAGAACAUCAAAUACACCAAGAAGUCCAGGGCCAUGGACCGACUGACUGCGGCCCAUCGAGGAGCGGUCAGGGCCAUGCAGGUGUUCACCAACCAGCUGUCCGAUCCAGCCGACUGCAGGGUGCCCCCCCACUACAAAGAGCUGGGCCAGCUGAUCCGCCAGCUCUCGCUCUGCUCGGCCAAGGUGGAGGCGGGCCAGGACUCCGCGAUCCCAGAAACAGCCAUCGAUAUCCUGCAGAAGCUGGAGACACUGGACACAGCCCUGAGUAAGCAGCAGAGCCCCAAAAGGAGAGAGCUAAGGACGUGCAGCCUGUCCCCUAUCAGACUGAGGUCCCCUGUGGGCAGACGGCACAGCAUAUCCCCUCCCAGAUCACCCAGGGCCCCGGGGCCCCGCAAGCCCCCAGCACAGAGGAAGAAGCCCAAAGGGCCACCAGUGUCCAGGAGACCGAGGCCAGCAGUGCAGAGGCCGGGGGGGAAGGCAAGGAGCGCGGUGCUCCGGGCCGGGCUGGAGAGCCUGCUGCAGCUGAGGGGCCAUGAGGAGCAGGCAGAGCAGAGUCGGCCCCAGCCUCCUCCUCCAAAGCCCCGCGCUAGCACCAGCCACCAGGCAGCCGAAUCCAACCCUGACAGGAGCAAGCAGGGUGGGCUGCCUCGUGAGUCUGGCUUCCAGCAGCCCACCGUCUCCUCCAGGCUGAAGGAGAGCCAGAUACCGCAGAAGGAGGCCGUUGUCCCCUGGAUCCCCACAUCCCCUCGAUCGCCAAACAAGCAACGGGCUGUAUCAAAGAGGCCGGAGCCGAGGUGUCUCUUCUCCACGCUGCGGAGCUCCGCUGGUCCUCCUGAGCAGCAGGGCCGAGGCGGGCCACCAGAGGAGCCGGGCCCAGCAGGCCUGGGCCCAGAGCGGAGGCAGCAGGCCCACCAAGAGGCCCUCAGGCAAGCGUGGCUGGACAGGAUCACGUCGGAGCGACUGCAGGAGCUGGAGCAGCUGGGCCACGAGGAGGCUGAGCGCGUCCAGAGGCUGCGAUCUGAGGUGGGUUCUCCUACUCGCUGGGCAGAACGAGCUGAACAGGCCGCAAGAGAGAGGAUCGAGCCUCUGCUGGAACGAGCCCAGAGGCUACGUGAUUCGUGGGACAAGAAGGGCACCUCUCUUCAGCAUCGUCUGUCUCAGCAGGCGGCAGACAGGACGGCGGCCAGCGCUGAGCUCCUGAGCGAGGCCCUCCUGGAGGAUCUUCUGGAGGACACGGCUCGCUCGCUGCAGGCGGUCAGGACGGACAGGCAGGCUGAGGAGCAGGCCCGCGCCCUGGUGCGGGCGCCCACGCUGGACACCAUGCUGCGGCGCAUGGAGGAGAUGGAGAAAGACCAGGAGGCUGUGCGGCGACGCUUUGCUUCUAUUGUCUACUCAGACCCCCUCUACUGGGAUAAGCCGGAGGCAGAAUCAGGAGACCAGAGGGGAGGGGUGGUGUCCAGGCCGUUGUCUCCACAGCCCAUUCGCCUGACCCGGCCAACUCUGAAGCACACCAGGAACCCUGAGAUAAUUCUGCAAAGUCCUGUUGAGUCAGGUGUCUUGUUUGAGACACCAGCCUUGGAGAGUGGCAGUCCGGCACAUGAGCCCCAACUACAGCAGAUUACCAAUGGCAGAGUAGAUCGACCGGGAGGAGUCCAGCUGUCUUUGCCCAGCAGCACGCUCAACAGCAUCCUGAGGUACAGGGAAAAUCACAAUGCCUACCUGAGGCUGGUCUCCCAUGAGGCAGUGGGCAGUUUUAACCCCUGGGCCAUCGCAGACAGUCUGGCGGAGGAGCUGAUGACGGAGGCGUUGGCGGACGUCGCCGCCGAGUUCCAGGACGUGUGCGAGGAAUACGCUGAGGCCGUCUUUACGUCGGAGUUCCUGCGACCGAUCCAGUCGCCCCCCUCGUCUGUGCGAACGGCGAGUGUGUAGGGGUGGUGCAGGGAAGAUGAUGGAGGCAGUCUGUAAGAAUCCCUCUCAGUAAUUCUCCCUUUCCCUUGCAAAGGAGAGAAAGCAUUUUGAGAUUGAAAACAUUUGAGGAGGAUUCUUCUCAUUUUUUGUAUAAUUUUUUUUUUUUAAUUCAGUGUGUAUUUUUUUUUUUUGUAUAUUCAGGGACUUAAAAGAGUGACAGUGAAAUCAUUGGAUUAUGAAAUAUUGAGUUCAUAGUUGUGCAGAGCCUUUGGCCGAUGGAAUGUAUCCAAGUAUCUUCGAGUGAAUCCGCCAUUUUUCGCACCUACUUUUGGCAAGUUCUCACUGAGGCCCUAAUGCAUGGGUGAGCCGCUGCCGCUGGGGACGUCCAUGUUAAUGAGAGUUGAAGGCUAAUGGGGAUGUGCGAAACAGGAUUAUGAGAUUCCAUUCACAUCACCUUCACAUACACUCAUUGCACCCACUCAUUCACCACAUGGAAAAGAGAGAAUAUAGUCACUUCUUUUAUCACUUUUUAAAAUGCAGUGCUUGAAGUAGGCUGAUGAAAAAUAAAGUUUUUAACUGGCAGCAUGGGAGGCAGCCUGUUUGUUUUUACCCCUUCACUAAAGCUGUGCAUGCAUUUUUCCCUCCAUUUUAUUUUUAUACACCAGCACCCACUAGUCCUGGGAGAGCAGGAACUUUAAAAAAAAAAAAAAGACAGACAUGACUUGGCACACCAUGAGUGAGCGCAUGUUUUCUUUCAUAAGGAGGAAAGCCUGGCUUGGCUUGGAGUUGCUGUAGUUUGCUGGUGUAUGUGUCAGAGGCCCCAGGGGGAAAGCAGGGGGUGCGCUGACAGAAGACUGGGACGUCCAGAUGUUGGGACAGCCCCUGGGGCCCUGCCUCUGACAGGAAGACAGAGAGUGGCUGAGGGAUUCGGCUCACACGCAAAUGCAUGGAGACACAUCUGCUGCCUUAAGACUAUCUGGUUGUCCGAAGGAAGCAUGUGGAAAAUGAGCCGCCAUUCUGUCAGUGCUAUUGGACUCAGGUUAUGCUUUCAUUUUGUCUUACAUGUAGGUGUCUCAGUGUGACGUUUGUCUGUGUGUGUGUCUUAGAUACUUGGAAAUAAUAUAACCAUUCCCCAUUGGAAGCUGUCAGUGCAUGGAGCAUAAAGAGUUUCAUUACGUUUGUAUUUUGUAUAUUUUUUUCUCCCAUAGCUCUCAGUCCACUUUCCCUAGUUUGUCUCUGAUAUGCCUCACUGAUAGUGCACCAUGCAUUUCAUCACCACAAAGGCUUACGUAUAAAAAGGAAUUGUAUAUGUGACAAGAAAGAUUUGGUCUGUUUGAGGAAUAAAGACAACCAUGUCAUGAUGCUCUUUGAAGCUAAAACUAAGCUGUUCGCUUGGUAGCAGUGCUUUAAUUGAGUCAUAAAACCCCUCUUAUAUUUCUCUCAGCAGAGGAGUUAACACUGUCUCAUCCAGAAGCAGCCUGUGUUCAAAUCUAGAGAGAAAAUAUCAGAUGGGCUUUUAACAGGUGCCAAUGCCAUUUACACACCCAAUCCACCAAAGACACCCUCAACUGAUCAUCUGCCCAUGUUCGGACCACUACGUGUGUGUGUGUCUUUGUAUGUGUGUGUGUGUGUGAGAGAGAGAGAGUAAGAAUGUUUGUUUUAAAAGGGGUGAUAAGACUUGAGACAUUGUUGUUUCGCUGUGAUGAAAAAAAAAACAGAUGUGAUAAUAUUUAAUGAAAGAAUAAUGUUGGUUUAUUUUUAAUAAACACAUAUUUUAAGAUUA